UUUCUCAAGGUGUUCUCUGUACAGCUGAAGAUGGCGACAGAUUGAGGGGGGAUGGAAAACAGGAGACACCGAUCCAGGAUGAUCAGGAACGGGAAAAACGUUGCCCACCAAAAAAGAAAGAGGAAAGCGGAGUGACUGUGCGUGCAGCGGGGAGCAGAGGCGGGCAGGAGAGCGGAGAGGAGGCGAGGCGCCCCGGCGGGGUGAGGAUGAGGAGGGCCAGGCGCUGACUGUGGGGAGAGGAGUAUGCUUCUGCCUGGCUCCGCUCGGGGCUGAGCGGCUCGCUGGAUGGACCGGCGUCGGCGAACAGCCUGGACGUGUUGAGGACCCUGGCGCUGAUUUUUCCUCCCGCAGCAACAUGCAAUGGCUGGUGGUAGCAUUUAGCCGCCCAGGAGGAGGUGGUGGAGGAGGGGAAGGCACUUCCUUGUUUCUAGCCAUGAGAAUGAUGCCCAUCAUCACACCAUGCUUCAGAGGAGGUAGGUGACAUUGUUGGGGGGAGUCUAUAAGAGGAGAGGAGCAAAGAGAACCACACCGGAGACCGCAGUAGCCCCCCCACUCAGCCCCUAAAAUAUGAUCAGGGGGGCUUGGAUGUAUCCAAGAGAAGAUGACGCUGUGUUAAAAAUUUGUUGUGCACCAAGACAAAACGACAAACCCUGCGCUGAUUCCGAGAGGGCACAGAAAUGGCGAAUGUCUCUGGCAUCCCUUCUAUUUUUCACUGUCCUCCUCUCUGAUCAUCUGUGGCUCUGUGCUGGAGCCAAGCUCAGAUCCAAGGAUAGGAGCUUAGCCAUGCAGACGCCUUGGGGGGACGCAAGCCAGCGCGCCUUCCAGCCACAUUUCCUACUGACAGGGGAUCAACAGUCACAGGAGGGGAGGUGUGAGAUUUUUUUAAGCAAUUUGACCAAAUUUGCUGCUCCGAUCCCAUAUUGCACUGGUGCCCGGGGUCAUUUCGAUCUGGACUCAGCUUGCACCAAAUUGUAUUCCUUGCAGCGACUCUUGGGCUCUUUCCCUUCUGUACCCUUAAGGCCACCCCCCUCCUCCUCCUCCUCCUCUUCUUCAUCAGCCUCUUUUUUUUCCUCUUCCUCCUCCAAAAUAAACUUCUUAAAGGCUUAUUUUAGGAACUUCAACCUCUCUUUUUGUGAUACUUACACGAUCUGGGACCUGCUGCUGGGCAUGGCCGGCCCAGACAGCUUGGAUUGCAGUUUGGACAACCUGAUGGUGGAUUUCGUGGCUGCUGCAGCCGGUGCUCUGGACGGAAAGGCGUGUAGCAGCUGCGUCCAGGCUUAUCAGAGGCUGGACCAACACGCUCAGGAAAAAUAUGAGGAGUUUGACCUCUUGCUGGAGAAAUACUUGCAAUCAGAAGAGUAUUCAGUUAGAUCCUGCAUAAGAGACUGCAAGGCUGUCUACAAGGCCUGGCUGUGCUCUGAGUAUUUCAAUGUGACACAACAACAGUGCCGACACCGGAUUCCAUGCAAGCAAUACUGUCUGGAGGUGCAGACCAGGUGCCCCUUUGUGUUACCUGACAAUGACGAGCUGAUCUAUGGAGGGUUACCUGGUUUCAUCUGUACGGGGUUGCUAGAGAACCAAUUAUCCAAUGAGGAAGCAAAGUGCUGCGAUGUGCAAUGGGACUCUUGUGACCAACCACCAGACAGCAACUACAAUGCGUCCCCCAAAUCCACAGAGUCGGAGUCAUUCCAUUACCACCGUCAUGACCCCCACCUUCAUCACCACCAGCAGCAUCACUAUCACCUCUACCACCACCACCAGUACCACCAACCCCACCCACCAUCUUUGCUGCCUGUCUCCGCAGGGUCUCGCCUCAGCAACAGCAAAAUCAGACUGUGCGUCCUGGUCCUUAUGCUUCUCCACACCAUGGUGUCCUUCUCAAGCGUGCACAGCAGUGAGGGGACUGCCAGCAGGGGCCUGAGCUUGGAGGCCCUACCUGCUAUGGAUGAGAGCAUAACAAGAGAUGAGUGACCCAGAGGGGGAAGGAAACGUCCAAGCAGAGUGCCGGCUCUUUUCCUGCCAAGGGGGGCACACGCUAUUCCUCCAAUGGGAGGCACGGGAUUGGGGGUGAUGCGCACACACACCCCCUACCUACACCCCCAAGAGCUGCUCGCCACGGGGCAUCCCCGUGAUGAAGAGUCUUUAAUGCGCACAGGGCUGCAGGACUCAGCUUUGAGAAGGGUUCAGUUAUCAACAGCCUUUCAGCUGUGUGCAUCCUGCCUGGUAGAGGCUCUGGGAGCUAGCGCAAAGAGGUAUAGAAAAAGGGAGGGGGGCUAGGAUGGGAGAGGGUCCCUUUGAAAGAGUUCUCCCCAUGGAAAUGCUACUGCUCUCCCUGCCACCUAUGAGGUAUCUCAUGUGGUGCCCCUAUUUUUUCUACCAACCGGAUAAUUCAGUGCAAUGGGUUCAAGAAAUUGGUUUAUCCAUUAUUCCUUUUUUCCCCUCAGUCUUUAAACUUCACCAUUGUAUAUCGCCAAAGCUGCUAGGUGGUAUAUACAGCAACUCAAACACCUCAAAACAAACCCCAGCUAACUUCUCAGCAAACCUCUCCCUGCUGAGGGACAGUCUUGGGUCCUUAGUAUGACCUGGUGACGCCUCAGUCUGGGUAGCCCUGAUGUUAGGCUCACUCUCUUGCCAACAGACAAGAUCCAUUGCUAAGGCUAUGUUGUUGGGGUGGAAGAUGUAUUACCUGGCAUUGUGUGUGCCAUGUGGGGUUGUGUUUCUUACCUCAGUCAGCCCUUCCUUGUCUGUGCCACUCUUGUCCUUUGAUACACUGAACAUAAAGAACAUCCCCUGUGGGUGUUGGCAGUGAGUAGAGAGAUGGCUGUAGUACAGGAUGGAACAGGAAAUUAUGUUCCCAGAGUUCUUAACACUUCACUCUUCAGUGUGUCCUCAGAAUUUCCUUAAACUCCUGUACUUUGUUUUCUCCAACAGCAUGUUUGAGUUUGGAGAGGGCAGCACUUAGGGCAACAAGAAUCUGGAGGGGCAGAGCUGACUGCAGUAGUUUGCCGUGGGGCCAGGGAUGGUAACAAAUGGAUAAAAAGCCCCAAAUUGCACCCUCUAAAGUUGCCACGUUACAAACUCUUACAGCAUGUGGGAAGAGAAAUCCAGCCCAUAGGGAAAUAGUUUCCCAAAUAAAAUGCCACCAGCUAACAAAGCACAGGUAUGGAAGAGAGGUUUCAUGUGCACUAUGUCCAUUACUGACCAUACAGCUCCUGGAAGUCCUGCUGAAACAGCCACACUUAGCCUGGCAAGAUGUUGAUUGGCAACGCUUAGAUUGUCCAAACACAGUCAUACACUGGAAUUCAGCCCCAUCCAGACAUAGGAUCCCACCUCUAACUCUGACCUUUCAAAUUCUCCAUCCCAAGGACUGAGAUUUAUACUCGUAGGCAAUGUUGCAAUUUGAGGUAUGUAGCACUCUCUUCUCUUCCCCCCCCCCCCCCCCCCAUGUCCCUUUAUAGCUGAUAUUUCCUCCUGCAGAGCCCACAUUCAGGGUGAUUUCUCUCAUACUCGCAGUGAUGUUACUGUACUGGGCUGAUGAUAUCACUAGGAGGAGCAAAUGACAUUUUAGGAAGGAAUGCUUGGGGGCCUGGCUGGAACCAAAGACAAAAGAAUCAGGAAUGAGAGAAGAGUUGAGGAUCAAAUAUUUAGUGAGGACAAAUCUCACUUUGGAGGGGUAAGGCAAGAUGAACUUGUUGCCCAACAUCAGUAUGAAGUGAAGCACAAGGAGACAGAAAAGCAUGUUGUGUACAGUUAGAUGCUCUCCCUCUCUCCAGGUCACAGUGACCGGGAACAUUUAUUAUUCAUCUUGCAUGGCUCAUUUAGGGAAAAAUUAAGAUUUAGAUCCCACCACCUGAGACAGCAUGUUCAGUGGCCGAGUGGUUGUAACUAGGGGUCAGGCAAACCAACUGAAAUCAGAAUUAGACUGGUUCUUCUGUCAAAUCUCAAACCAAACCCAGACCUGUCUGAAGGGCAAAGAAAUUUCUUUAAGUUCAGGAUUUAUAAUACUUUUGUAUUUCCUGGCUUCUGUUGAAUUGAAGCAGAAAUAACCAAAACACCAUGAGAAAAGCUACUUCCUGCCUGGCUGGAAGAAGGAAGUACCAGAAAUCUCAUGGGAAAGCUGGAUUUUCUGACAUUUCCAGCCCAUUUCCAGACCAAAGAGGAUCGGAAAAGCAGCUGAAUGUUUGGAUUCUUAUUUGACUUGAACCUCAGAAUUUUUGGAUGAUGUUUACAUGUUGUUAUUUCCCAUGCACUACCAAAGUCACGAACGCAUAAAGCCUGUGAACACCAUUCUCAUAGUGCCAAACCGACCCAUUGGCUAUCAGGCUAACACUGUGUAAUAAUGCUAAUACAACUAGUUUCCAGGGCAGAUCCUGGGGACACUUCUUAAGACAGAUCCUGUUGCUGUUUGCACCCACUGUGGCUAGGACAGACCUUGUGUGAACAUUCACAACAGCUACCAUGUAUUUGCAGUUUGGUUCACUCUGAUCUAAGAACAGGUAUGUGCAACAGUUUAGCAAACAUGAAUCAGACUUUUUUGAUCUUGGGAGUUUUUUGCCUUGAAACCAGCCUUUAAAACCAGCCUUUGUGAUAGCUAUGAUGACUUGACCAGAUGACUAGGCCAAAGGAACAUGCACAAGCAUGUUCCUGUAUCAAGACAACAGACUCUGACUCAUUUUUUAAGGAAACUAAACUUCACUAGUAUUGUUAAGGUUUGAGUGGUCACCUAAUUCGAAGUGUCUACUUCAGAGAUAGGAUGAGUACAGUCUUUAAACCAGGGGUGUGCAAACUUAUUGGCCCGCGAGCCAUAUCUGGGAAUAGAAAUUGUAUGGUAGGCCAUGAAAGCUCACAUAAUUGGGAGGCGGUGAGGGCUCUGGUUAGGGGUGCGGGCUCUGAGGUGAGGCUGGGGAUGAGGGGUUUGGGGUGCAGGAGGGUGCUCUGGACGGGGACCAAGGGGUUUGGAGGGCGGGAGGUGGAUCAAGGCUGGGGCAGAGGGUUGGGGCACAAGGAGAGGCUCAAGGGUGCAGGCUCCAGGUGACGCUUACCUCAAGCGGCUCCCGGAAGCAGCGGCAUGUCCCUUCUCUGGCUCCUAUGUGGAGGCACAGCCAGGCGGCUCUGCAUGCUGCCCCGUCCGCAGGCACCGCCCCUGCAGCUCCCAUUGGCUGUGGUUCCCAGACAAUGGGAGCUGUGGGGGUGGUGCUUGGGGUGGGGGCAGCAUGCAGAGCAGAGCCCCCUGGCUGCCCCUAUGCUUAGGAGCCGGAGGAGAGCCAUGCCACUGCUUCUGGGAGCCGUGUGGAGCGGUCCCCAACCCUGCUCCCUGGCUAGAGUACCAGAGCAGGACAAGCCCCAGACCCCACUCCCCAGUGGGAGCUCGAGGGCCGGAAUAAAACGGCUGGUGGGCUGGAUGCAGCCUGUGGGCUGUAGUUUGCUUACCCCUGCUUUAAACAAUACAAUAGGAUGGAGAAAAGCAGACCAGUUUGCACAUCAGCACAUGAUCCUGUGUCACCAGACUUGUUCAAUGUCUGGUCUGAUUCUGUUCAGGUCAGACACCAAGCGGAAAACUCCAAGUACUGCUGAGCCAGAGGUGGGCAUAGUGGCCUGUUUCUAAUUUUUUUUUUCAUGUCAUUUCUGCUUUCUGUGAAUGCUAGGUAAUCCCAUAAAGACUGUGGGCCUGAAUCUCAUUUACACUAAGGCAAUCUAAAGGGACCAUAAAAUGGGUGUAAGUGUAAUUAUGCCUACUUUAAGGCCCCUUUACUUUGCCAGAGACUUUUAUACUGCCAGGACAGUGUAAAGAGUGCUUACGGUAAAUGAGAAUCAGGCCCUACAUGUGCCAUAUGAUAACAGGAAGCCACAUACUGAUAUAAGGACAUUUUGUGUAGGUCUGUAUUAUGUGACUUGUUUACAAUCCCCCAAAUCUGGGGGUACACAACCUGUCAGAGCCUGAAUCUGAAGAAAAGAGAGAAUCUGCCACAGAAGCUGCCUACAUUUUCAGGACAGGCCUUUAUCCACCAGUUCACCGCUCAGGGCCAAAUGUAGAAAUGCUGUCUGACUGAACUAAAAUAGAAUAGAUAGGGUUUUGUGGACAUGGAAUGGGGCUAGAGGAGGUUGAGUAGGGUUUUGUUGGAAUAUACUAUGUGCCUCAAGACAUUUUCUGACCUUAAUCAAUACAAUAUGAAUUGAUGAGCUGCACCUCUUUUACAAAGUACCUUGGCACCUGUUUCAGGAUUGUCAUGGUUUGUGACCUAGAUCAAGCCACUGUCCUGUCUCCAUUUGCUUUAUUCCUUCUAUCCACCAUCCACUGUAAUUGGCCUGAGACCACUUUCUAGUUUCCAGAUAACAUAGUUACUGUGAGAAAUGCCGCUGCACCCCUUGAUUGUAAUAACAUCUUGUUGGCAUAGAAUGCAGAUGCAUUCCUGUUUGGUCCUUGAUGACCAAUGCUAAAUCAGAGCAGAGUUCGGCAAAAAUACCCCCUUCUUAAGGAGACUGGGGUGACCACAUAGCAAUGUGAGCAAAUAGAGUUCAACCCUCUCAUUCUUUCACCUUUAGUACACAAAAUAUGCUCCAAAUGCUCCUUAUUUACUUGGUAAGUGCUGAUGGUUUGCUUGCUUGGAUUGGGCAGGUCACUUACUACAUCCCAGCAAGUGAUUUAAGAACAGUGGGAACGGAAGGGUGCUAGGCCAUUUUCAAAAUCUAGGUCCAAUUGUAGGUGUUGAGGCUUUCAACAAACCUCGCCAUAAGUGUAAUUAGUAAGAAACCUACAGGAGCAUGUAACUACCAUGUAAUUGCACUAUUUCAAUCAAGUGAAUGCUAGGCAGUUACACAGUAAUUAAAGAGGCCUCGCAGCAUAGUUAUGCCAUGGAAUUAAAAUGAGAUCCAAAUGAUGUUUCAGGUUACAGUCUCCCAUAAGAUUCACAAAUAAAAGUCUGCUGUUGCACCAACAGUAAGGCCAUCCCAUCUGCCCAGCAUGAGGGAAAUUCAGGGAAGCCUGGUGCUGGGUUUCCAUUGGCCUGGCAGGUUCAGGACUGUCCCCUGAUUAUGCUGUUUUGUGCUAGUGCUUUCUCUCUGCCCCUGAACAUGCUUGGUAUCAAGGGUGAUUGGAGGGAAAGAGCUGUAUCUUCACAGAAACAAGCUUUUGAAAAGAGUUAUUUUCUCUAACAAGUCCAGGCUGUUGUCAGUAAGUUCUGUGGUUUUAGUGCACCAUAUGCUGUAUUCAACACUUUGCCAGUCUAGUGAAAUGAAUCCAGGCUGUGCUGUUCUCAGAACAGGACUGAGCAGCUGGAAGCCAUGUUUAUUACGCUUCAUCAUUAUAAGGGUGUCUGAUAAAAUCCUCUUUCUGGUCUGACUGUGACAUUAUACUCAUAACAAAACCUCUGUCUAUGCUAGCCCUCUCUCUGAUAUACAGUGGGAUGCUCCCCUUUACUUAGACUGUAACCCUGCCUAAAUAAAGCCUAUUUACAUUGCUUACAUUAUAACAGUGUUUCUCACUAGUCCUGGUACUAUUUAGCAUGUGAGAUAAGGAAAGAGGAGAGAGUAUGAGCCUCUCUGCAGAAUGCAUGCACAAACAUAUAUGCCACACACAACUGAACAGGGGCUCCAAGGCUGAGAUACCUCUCUGGAGCAGAUUUCAGCACAGCCAGAUGUGUGUUUAGAAAACACUGAUCCCAAAUGAACUUAUCUUACUAUGAAUUCAAGGUGCUACUUACUUUCCCUUCCAGUUCAGUGACUUGGAUUCUCCUCUCUGGAGAGAAAAGGAGUACUUGUGGCACCUUAGAGACUAACAAAUUUAUUUGAGCAUAAGCUUUCGUGAGCUACAGCUCACUUCAUCGGAUUCAUGCAGUGGAAAAUACAGUGGGGAGAUUUUAUAUACACAGAAAACAUGAAACAAUGGGCGUUACCAUACACACUGUAAAGAGAGUGAUUAGGUAAGGUGAGCUAUUACCAGCAGGAGAGAGGAAAAAAAAAAACCUUUUGUAGUGAUAAUCAAGAUGGGCCAUUUCCAGCAGUUGACAAGAAUGUGUGAGGAACGGUGGAGGGGGCAGGGGGGGUGGGAAAUAAACUUGGGGAAAUAGUUUUACUUUGUGUAAUGACCCAUCCACUCCCAGUCUUUAGUCAAGCCGAAGUUAAUGGUGUCCAGUUUGCAAAUUAAUUCCAAUUCAAAAGUCUCUCAUUGGAGUCUGUUUCUGAAGUUUUUUUUGUUGAAGAAUUGCUACUUUUAGGUCUGUAAUUGAGCGACCAGAGAGAUUGAAGUGUUCUCCGACUGGUUUUUGAAUGUUAUAGUUCUUGACGUCUGAUUUGUGUCCAUUUAUUCUUUUACAUAGAGACUGUCCAGUUUGUCCAAUGUACAUGGCAGAGGGGCAUUGCUGGCACAUGAUGGCAUAUAUCACAUUGGUAGAUGUGCAGGUGAACGAGCCUCUGAUAGUGUGGCUGAUGUGAUUAGGCCCUAUAAUGCUGUCCCCUGAAUAGAUAUGUGGACAUGGUUGGCAACGGGCUUUGUUGCAAGGAUAGGUUCCUGGGUUAGUGUUUUUGUUGUGUGGUGUGUGGUUGCUGGUGAGUAUUUGCUUCAGGUUGGGGGGCUGUCUGUAGGCAAGGACUGGCCUGUCUCCCAAGAUCUGUGAGAGUGAUGGGUCGUCCUUCAGGAUAAGUUGUAGAUCCUUGAUGAUGCACUGGAGAGAUUUUAGUUGGGGGCUGAAGGUGAUGGCUAGUGGCGUUCUUUUUUUUUCUUUGUUGGGCCUGUCCUGUAGUAGGUAACUUCUGGGUACUCUUCUGGCUCUGUCAAUCUGUUUCUUUACUUCAGCAGGUGGGUAUUGUAGUUGUAAGAACGCUUGAUAGAGAUCUUGUAGGUGUUUGUCUCUGUCUGAGGGGUUGGAGCAAAUGCGGUUGUAUCGUAGAGCUUGGCUGUAGACAAUGGAUCGUGUGGUGUGGUCUGGAUGAAAGCUGGAGGCAUGCAGGUAAGUAUAGCAGUCAGUAGGUUUCUGGUUUUGGGUGGUGUUUAUGUGACCAUUGCUUAUUAGCACUGUAGUGUCAAGGAAGUGGCUCUCUUGUGUGCACUGGUCCAGGCUGAGGUUGAUGGUGGGAUGGAAAUUGUUGAAAUCAUGGUGGAAUUCCUCAAGGGCUUCUUUUCCAUGGGUCCAGAUGAUGAAGAUGUCAUCAGUGUAGCGCAAGUAGAGUAGGGGCAUUAGGGGACGAGAGCUGAGGAAGCGUUGUUCUAAGUCAGCCAUAAAAAUGUUGGCAUACUGUGCGGCCAUGCGGGUACCCACAGCAGUGCCGCUGAUUUGAAGGUAUACAUUGUCCCCAAAUGUGAAAUAGUUAUGGGUGAGGACAAAGUCACAAAGUUCAGCCACCAGGUUUGCUGUGACAUUAUCGGGGAUACUGUUCCUGAGAGAGACUUCAGGCAUUGGUGUGGACAUGUAAAAUCAAAUGUUCCCCACAAUGCAAACUGAGCUCUGCUCCACUGAGAGAAAGAACCUGUUCUCACAGCAGUAGCUCCUUAUAGACGUUGUGAUGCAUGCAAAGUGCUACCCUUCCCCUACAGGGUCUGUCUGUCUGAGUCAAUGUGUGGAUCUGAUGGGGCAGAGUUAGCCAGGAUUCUCUUACUUUCCCACAGGACACAUAGACCUCGUGAAUAUUUAUUCACAUACUUUGCCACCAUAUCAUUUGACAUUAUUGGCAAGUUCUACUCAGAAGAAGCCCACGGCCUGAAUUAGGGAGAGCAGCAGAUCAGGACUCAGGUGCACUGGUAAAGUUGUGAAAGGAAAGCUAGUGAAACAGCUGCCCAUUUUCUAUCUGGAUCUAGCUGGGGUAUUUGUUUUGGGCUUUGCACUUAAAAUAAAGUGCAAAUUCUAUAAAAUUAUCUAAAAAUAAUCAAAGAAAAAUCUGAAAAAAGGCUUUGUUUCCUCUGACAGAUAUGACUCAUUAGCUGAACCUCUUUCCUGUGAAAUUAUGGAUACCCUGCAGCCCCACAUGAAGGAUUCCCAGGCAGUCUCUUCUUCAUCCAGGCACUGGAUUAGAGAAAAUAUUUUGAAAGAGUUCAGAGUAACAGCCGUGUUAGUCUGUAUUCGCAAAAAGAAAAGGAGUACUUGUGGCACCUUAGAGACUAACCAAUUUAUUUGAGCAUAACCUUUCGUGAGCUAUGAAGUGAGCUGUAGCUCACGAAAGCUUAUGCUCAAAUAAAUUGGUUAGUCUCUAAGGUGCCACAAGUACUCCUUUUCUUUUUGAAAGAGUCUGAUAACUAAAGCAGAACACAUCAAGUAACUUGGUAACACUCAGAAAACACCUUGAAGUGGUUUUAUUGAACAUAUUUUUGCUCUGCUUUAGUGGAAGAUGUUAGGGCAGCUCAGUCACUGCCCAGCAGCACCCCAGAUAAUAUUUGGAAGGAGGCAGUUCCCUUUGCCCCAUCUUAAACAAAACUUCACUCACGGUAGCUACCACUUCGGUUACUGCUAGUUUACAAACAUGGCACCUGAUUAACAGUACAGUGGCACCUUCCAUUUCUAAACACUCCCUCACUUUUUCUCCCCAUCAUGGUUUUCUUGUGCGGCACUUGAAAUUAAGGGUGAUGAUUGUGGAACAUUCCAUGAUGACUUCUGUUAGGGAGGGUUGCUAGUUUGUGUUCAGACUUUAUUGCUAUGCUUUUUAGAAUAGUCUCUGCCCAGAACACCUUACAGUGGCUUGUAACAAAGGAAAAUAUUAUGCCUAGCCACCACAUCGGUAUAUUUACCGUAAAGAAAUUUAAUUAUGGGUGAUAGCAGUAGAGUUCUACAGAAAUUUAGUAGGAUUUUAUGGAACUCACUGUAAAAACCGAUAUAAUUUAAUAGAAGAUCGAAUCCUUUCUAUAGACUGUUGGAACCAUCCUAAAGAAUUCUAAUAACAGGGACAGAAUUCUCUAUUAAAUUAUUUUCCAGUUGGGUUAGGAAGGACAGUCUCCAAUAUUUAGCCAAAAUGUUAUAAUCUUUUCGUGCUGAUCUUUCCAAAAAAUGAAUUCUAAUUCAGUGGGACGUUAGAGUUGUCUAGCAAUGGGAAGGUAAGGAUCUCUAUUUUUCCUUUCAAAUGGUCCCUAUUUACAGCCUUCAGAUAUUGGCAUAUGUGUGUAAGGAUUGUGCAGAUCCUUUCUUUCCAUGUCAGUGUUGCUUUGCUCUACAUUUUAGAGGUGCAGUAGCUUAUUGGCAGCUCAUUAAGGUUUUUCUCAGACCUGUGUUACUCCUUAGAUACUGCUUUGGUUUGGUGACUAUUGCCAUUUACUUACAGUAUGGUAGGGGAAUGUAGAGGACAGUACAAGCCUUGUAUACUGGCUCAAUUAAAAAGACAGUAGAGCUCAGAUACACAACUCUGUAUGAGCAGGGCCCAUCUCAAAAAUGUAAAUUGUUUGUUCAUUUAAGAGUUUUUAUUUUGGUGGAUUAAAAUUGAAAGGUUUUGUGGAAAGUAUAUUUUAAGGAGGGAUUGGAGCAGAAAGACAGAAGUCAGUUGACACAUGAGAAGUGGGAUAAAUGGUAUCUCCUCAGUUGUAUGGAUAAUUGUAAACACCAUCCUUCUGAUUUUAUUUAAUCUUUCAUUGGAAGAACCUGAUACAAAUUGUGUGGCUGUCAGACAGGAGCUAUAAUGCUGUGGUACACUUGGGGCCUGACUCUCCAUUCACUCAUACCGCUUUUACCCUGGUGUAUCUGCAUGGACUGUACUGGAGCUACCCCUGAUUUACACUGGUGUGAGCAGGUAGAGAAUAAGGUCCAUGGGCUAUAUAGUUUGUCUCCAGAGUUCUUACAAGAACACUGAAAUCCUUGAAUAUUUUCACCAUUCUUAUAGCUCCAACCCAAGAGUUCUGCCAUCCCUAGCCAAGAAGUAGCAGUGUAAAGCUGAGGAAGCCCACCACUGACCCUUCUUUCCCAGGACUGACUGGAGAAGCAUUAUAAAAACUGGACUUACUUUGCACUCUGAGGACUUGCAAUUAGAUGAGUCUCAACUGUAUUUACCAGCACCUGCUUGGACCUCUUUUGGGGAGCAGUCCUCCAGGCUCUCCAGCCAUUUUCCCCCUUAGGUAGGUCUCACAUCACAGCCAUACACCAUCCUUCUAGCUGGGGAAGGCUGGACAAAAGUGAAUGAGGGGUCUCAUAAUAACCCAUUGGCCUGGUUAGUGUGGAACCUGAACUCAGAUCCUUGUGCUGCCCCUAGACUGUCAAGCUAUCCCUGGUGUAAUUCUUAAGGAGACAGCACUUCCUCCAGCCUUUCAGGUCUCCCUUCUGUGAUGAAGGGAGGUAAACAUUGGGGUCAUGUACAAUGUAUAAAUCAUUUUCAAAUAGGGACGUUUUAAAAUAUCUUUGAUUCCUUUUAAAUGUUGCUGGAAUUUUAAUUUCUUCAGUUUUAGAUUUCUAACCUAUCUCCAGCAGACAUGCCCCGAGCACAUGGACAUGAUUUAUAAGCCACAUGCAGAACUCACUGACCAAGGACACCCACAGUAGUCUCCCUCAGAAGAAAGUUGACACAUUUUGGUAUACAUUUCUUUGGUAUGUUUUAAAGUUCUCCUCAUAUAAAAUAAAGAAAGUAUUCCAUAUGCUUCCCAGAGAGGAACCCAAUGGGUACCUAAUGGUCUGAUUCCCAGCAAGCAUAAGUGAAACUCUCCUCAUCUCUCAGUGAACAAGGCAGCAGCAACUGCUUAUGGGCAAAUUCUGAAACCUGUCACACGAUGGUGUUUUCCAGAACUUUGUAGAUACAUUUCCCUCCUAUUCUGUGACUUUUAGGUGUUGCUGCUUUUUGUGCUAGACUUAUCGGCUAAUCUGAUGUAGCACAACCCAUCCUAAGGAACCAAAUAUCUAGACUCCAAAUCCCUCCCAUAGGGCACAAACACCUAACCAGGUAUCUUUUUCAAGCACCUGAUGGAACCCAACCUGUAAAGAACUUCUGAGUUUCAUUCAAUAUGCAGCCAUCAGUUCUCGUGACCUUCAACCAAAUCUCAAUGCAGGGCAAUGGUGGCACUACUCACUGGGCUCCUAGUCCAUUGGCUAGAGACAGACUGGAUGACUGAAUAAGAUUUUCUCCUGCUAGAGUACAUGUUCUGUAUGUCUGAGUUAUUAAAUAUUUAAUUAAAACAUCAUCUAUCCCAAUUCUUUGAAGUUCCAAGUACAGCAGGUCAGCAGCAAAACUGAGUCUGAGUUUUCUGUUUUACAGUGAUUAUGUUCAUUUAAUCCAAGAUAACCUACUUGGGGAAUUGCUUCUGUGCGUUCUUGACUGAGAAGUGUGUAACUGUGAUGCUUUCACCUUCAAGGAGGCAUCACUUACGCUCCCAAAACCUGACAUCAUGCUGACUGCCCCCAACCACUCUACUAAACAAUCUCUGAUUUCGUUUUCCAAAUUAAAAUCAAUCCAACACCUUCUAACCCCAUCCACUCACAUACCACAGAGAGGGGCAGCCUUUUAAAAACCAGAGAUUCCCUCACACACUCAGAGGAGUUUAAAAAGGGAGAGAAACUAAACACACUGUUCCAGUGGAUAAACUACAAAGCUGGUGUCUUGGAAGAGGGAAGAGCAGGCAUCAUGUUUUUCAAUAAAUUUUUUAAGGGGUGGGAUGGUGAAAAUCUAAUAUGGAUCCUGAGGAAGACAUUUCUUAUACAAUCAUCCUGACUCUUCCAUCUCAAGCACAGGAGAUGCUGUUUCUGCAGCUACAGCUCAUGCACCACACAUGUCCUCUCCAACCCUUUGCUGACAACUGGGGCCAAGCACUGGAGAGCAUAGCUCUGGGAGAAUCACAUGGAGUGGGGCAAGAGAAUGUCAGUGGGAAUCGAGUAAGCCCCAGUGGGAUGAACUUGUGUGUAUGUGAAAAAGGUUGGUUGUGACCAAACCCUUCUCAAGUGCUUGUGAAAUAUUGGUGGUUACUGAGCGCAGACCUGCAAUAGGUCCUUUUACAGUACAUGGUGGCGAGGUGAAAAAAAAAAAACAUACUGCUGAAGUAAAAAUAUUCUUUCUACUCCCCUCUGCCCAGUUUCUCUUUCUUUCCAGCUUUCUUUUCUCUCUGCCUUCUCCUUCCCCUUGCUUUCUCUAUACCCUGUUUUCCCCUUUCUCUAUUUCUCUCUCUUCUCCCAUCUGUCAUAAGAAAGUGACUGUGCCCUUUGAGGGGACAGUUUUCUUAUGCCAUUUUAUACACUGUGCUUCAUGUUUAGAACUUUUUUGCACUAGUUCCUAUUACAUUUAUUUUCCAAGAUGGUUUGACAAAAAACAAACAAAAAAAAAUAAAAAACAAAACCAUGCUAUAAUUCAGUUGUAUUAAAAAUAUUAUCCUACUACUCUCUGUGUUCAAUAGUCUCUGUACCUGUAAUGCUUUCAGUUCUGUUGUAUUUUGGGGCAGAGGUUUUCUCUGCUCCUUGUUUAACCCAGUAAAGAAAUAAAAUGUUAAGAAUUGAUGAUAA